AUUCAUGUACUGUAUAUCCAUUCAAGACACAGACCCAAAAAAUAUCCAAGUACUCCACCCACCCACCACCAAUCGAUCAUACUUCUUGACCUACCUUCCAUUCCAUAUCAAAGCUCUCUACAGCAAGCAAAUAUCUUAGAAGAGGAGCUGAAUCAAUGGCAGCCAUCUCAUCUGCUGCACUUACAGCGUGCAACAAUCCAAACCCAUCACCAAGAUUCACCUCUCUAUCUUCUUCCAGCUCAGUUUUCUUCAGCUACAAUGUGUGUAACCGGGCAGGCCUUGUGCUUUAUGCGGAUCGGCCCAGGACAGCCAAGAAGAGAGGGCUUUCCUGCAACUGCCUUUUCGGGCUUGGAGUCCCCGAGCUCGUAGUUAUUGCGGGCGUGACGGCGCUCGUAUUCGGCCCGAAGAAAUUGCCCGAAGUGGGUCGAAGCAUUGGGAAGACGGUCAAGAGCUUCCAACAGGCGGCUAAAGAAUUUGAGUCAGAACUGAAAAAGGAAGGGGAGUCUUCUGCUGAGCCAUCCAGUGAGAAAAUUACAACAGCCAGUGAAGAAGAGAAGCAAGAGGACAAGGUCCCAGCAUGAAGGAGAGUUCUUAUACUUAAGCCUAGUAAUUUGGUGUAGGAAACUUGUACUACUGCACACUUAAGAUACAUACUAUCGGAUCUCUGAGCAUUCUGAUCAAUAAGACUUGUAUGUUCCUAUUGCAACAGCAGAUGAUGAGAAAGGUUUAAGUUAUCUGGGAGUUUUCUUGUGGAUUCA